CACUGUUAGACAUUUGUAGAUCAAAGUAACCACAGUAUGGCGUCAAGGUUACAGGACUUGCUGACGACCUUGACAGUGUUUUACAUAAUUAUUAGGAGGUUUAUAUGUCGUCAAUUUAUAUUUCUUGGGAACCUUGACUACCAUAUAUGUGUCUUGGUAUCCCACUUGUCACACCACGGCACCUUGAUCGCUUUGGUUGCUACUACUACAUAGUUCAUUUAAACAAAUCGAUCCUGCAAAGUGAUUUGUAGUUAUUGUAUGUGUUUUACUAACUAUUCGCUAACCGCUCAAGACUGCCACUGUUUUGAAGUUCUAUAAACAAGACGAGCUGAUUAGUGUGGGUUGUCGCAUUAUGGUUAUGCUCUUUUCCGUUGCAUCGAACUAAGCACUCACCUCUUCUCCGCUGCUGGGUUACGCGUGUAUUGUAUUGCCGGUAUGUUAUUGUUUGUUUUGAUAUGUACUUCACAACUGUACAUGGUUCGGUUACACAUUCUGUGCAAAUAUGACUGCAUAGUUUCUUAAUAAAAUAUACCUGAAUAUCUUUUGUAUCAUAGACAGCACAUUCUUUGUGGUAAUCGUCUUUAAAAGUUGAGUAUACCAGACUUUAGUUCGUAAUUGUGUCGGAUAUUAUACUUCCUGAAUCCUUGUUUAUGUGUCACGAUACUCAAUAAAUCCGCUACAUUUCACACUGCUAUGGUCAGGACGACUGUUAAUUUCCUUAACAUGUGGUUGGGCGGAUUGUUUGAACAAAAUGAUAACAUGGCUUGUUUCUGAGCCUAAAUGUUUGGGUUCCGAUAUAUAUUAACCUCCCCGGGACUGUACGUUAAAUGUUAUCAUCCCAUCAGCACUUGAAGGUGAUCAUCUCCAAGGUAUGCUUAGCUCAGUUUCACACAGAACGCUACUUCCUCCCAAGAGAACAUCCAACUUACUUUAUUGACUUAGUACAAAAAAUAUUUAACUAAAUGUGGUGUGUAUUAUCCAUCAAUUUAUGUAGCCCAGAUUGCUUCCCUGUAUGACACAUGAUUUACAGAAGUAUUAUAUCUCGACCAAUCACAUUCAUCGUCUUCGUCUACCAAACAAUGAUUCAGAUGGUCGGACACAUCAUUUCCCCAGAUGCGCAACAUUACGCACUCAAAUAAUUAUCUUGGGAAGUAAAUCCAGACGCUAUUUACUAGGUAAAGUAUUUGGCUCCAAAUAUGAUUAUGGUCAUGCAUAAAAAUCCCAGUUAACAUUGUUACUGUGUAACGGGCUGUAUUUGUAAGGAAAUGAGAAAUUUCGAGACCAGUUGUUCUAAGUACCAAUUGUUCCUGUUGUGUAAACCUCUUGCAUACUGAAUUUGGAUGACAUCAAGAUCGUUGAAGAGUUUUGACUCACAAAAGUUUCGAAGUGAGAAAGUAUCCAUGUCCUGAUUGUUCUAUCCAAGAUUCACUACCUCAGUAUUUCACUACAUGUUUUAAAAUAAUGAUUUACGAACAAGGACACUCAUACAGUUGUCUUAACGAUUCUGUUUCCAACCAGACCUUGCAUAUCAAGAAAAUAUUCUAAAGACAAACCACGUAAAAUCAUACAUACGCUGUCAUUUGUCAGUGGUUAGGAUUUACGCUAUGACUGUUGUUUCAAACUGAGAAGGCAAGGUUCAGUGUUAAUCUUUGUAUAAAAUAAUUGGUCAUAUUACAGUAAAGACAAGUGUCUUGAAUUUUAGUUGCUGACAGUAAACAUUUCGUUACUUGAAAAUCAUAUCUCUUUCCAAGUAUAAGUGUUACGCGAUGGAUGAUCUUUCACUUGACUAGGUGGUACUUUGCUUGAACAGUAGUGAUACUUCCUGUUUAACUUAGUCAAAUUAGAUGAAGUGGUUUUUAAAUCUCCAAAGUCUUUCUUGAGAUAUGGGUGCCUUAACCACUCACCGACGGGCCGGUUACCGCUAGAUAGGGUGAAUGUUAGUAUCAGUCGCCACCCUGAUGGUGUCCAAGACAACCGCUUCUAUAGAAAACUGCGAUGUAAAUAGGAAGCUCAUAUACGACCACAAUCUUUCUCAAGGUAAUUUAAGGUAAGUGUGACUAACGUCUGCGAUCUUUCUUUGCAACAGAUGUCCGGAAAUCGUACCACCACCUUUGUCUACCGUUUAGAAAUGUUCCGAAAUAUUGACUUCCUCCCCCCUGGAAUCAUAGGAUGGUUGUCUGGAUGUAAUAUUAUAAAUAAAACUUUAUGUUUAUAGAGUAUACAAUCGUGGGGAUUUAUCGCAGUGAUGAUUUAGCAGUUAAAGCAAUCGGCUCAACCAUUUGGUUUCACAUUCGAACCACGCUAUAUCUACUUCGGUUUGGGCAACCAAAUAGUAUCAGUAACCUUAGUACCAAAAAAUGCAACCUGGUCGAUCCUGUGAGCCUCUAGUUUACAAGUUAGUUACCACUGGAAGUUCCAGUCGCAAAUCAGUUUUAUAUCAGAUAUGGCUCUGUGACACGUUCCAGAAAUUUCUUUUUACCAGUUUGCUGAUCCUACACUACAACUAAUUAUGUAAACAAUUAUGAAUAAUAUUAGUUAAUCGAAAUAUUUAUGAAUAUGAGUUAAUGUGAAGGAGAUAACCGUUUGUAGGUGUCCUUAUUCUUCUUGAAUGUCAUAUUGUGUACACCCAAUCUUUUCUACGACAAUUGACACUGUUAUUUCAUCUACUAUUCUACCAUUUGUGUCGAUGGUUUCAUCUUGCUGUGUUAGUAGGGUACAGCAACGUGAACCCAUGCCCAUAUGUGCUAGGUUCUACUGGGCUUAGGACUGAGUUAUUGUAUAUAAUUGGUAGUACAUGUACAAGACAAAAAGAAUAUUUUGCUUCUUAAUCAAGUCAAACAGUUUUUUAAUCCACAAAUCUAGAAACUGUCAAAUUAGAUUCAAUAAAUACAAUUACAAUAAUCGUCGGGUAAAAAAUAAGGUAUGUCCUGAUAUUUAUGCUUUCUUUCUGGAUCUUCACUCCUUUGUUUUUUUUUUCAUCUUAUUGUAGGUCUCAUUUACUUAUGCUUAAGUGGAUUGUUUGUCAUGUCAGAUCUGUCCUGUAACGCAGAUGUAACAGAUUUUUUUAACAUUACACAGAAUACACCUAUUUCUAAUUCAAAUUGCACUUUGUUGAAUGAUGUAAUUGUUGAAAAUCAUAAUGACUGUGAUCCAUGUACUCAAGGUCCGUCAGUUAAAAAACCUAGGUUAUUUGAGCAACAAGAUACUGUUUGUAAAUUGAAUAAUGGUUUCAAGGAUGGUUACAAUAUAUGCAACUUAAAAAGCUUACCAGAAAUUCAAGAAGAACUUAAAAAAGUUCGACUCUGUUUCGAUUCAAAAUUAAAACUUGCUCUAAAAGAGAAAUUGUCCAAAUAUAUAUCUUUUAUUGAGACAACUGAAAAAACAGUAACUAGUUUAAAGGAAGAAAUAACUCAAUUAACAGGUCGAAUGGAUUUCAUUGAGUCUUCGUCAAAAGACUUGACGAAAUUGAUUAAUGAGCGAGUGAGUGAUAUUCUCAAUUACUUUAUGUUAUUGUUGAAACAUACUGACAGACAGUGCUAUGAAGUUAUUGACCGUCUGAUUUUUUGUGUUUCUCGUGAUUCUUCCGGUAGAUUCCUUUGCCUGCUCCAACAAGUGGUAUUGGUCAAUCGAGAACUCUUUCUUCUCAAGCUCCUCGUUUACCUGUACUAUCUCAUUCUCCUUCGGUAUCCGCGCCAGAUCGAUCUAUACAAACAGUGAAUCCUUCGAAUCGACAGCCGAAUCUAACUUCAUCGAAUUCUGUUUCAUCUAGAUUAUUAUCUGUUCUACCAAAAACUUUCGAACUUCAGUGUGUUCCUCCUCAAACUGCAUCAGGUACAGUUUUAGCUAUCCAGGUCAAUGAUACUAUUGACCUGACAUCAGACACUAAUAUAGAAAAUGCUUGGGAAGAACAUUUGGUUUCUGGCUCAACAAAUACGAAAAAAAUAAAUAAACACAGUGCCACACCUCUUUCAAGUAUGCACAAGCGUAUGCUUUUAUUCAUUCUUCAUUAUUUUACUCUCAAUUUCAUCUUUAACCAUAAAGCUUAUAUGAUAUUUUUCCAAUGGAUGAUACUUAUAUCUGUUCUUUUCAAAUCUAUCGUCGAACUGAGGAAAAUUCCAAUGUAGUCGAAGUUUAUUUGCCCGAGUUGUUGUAUAAGUGCUGACGGUGGAGUGACUGAUAAGAUCCGUCUAAUUAUAAUUAAAGCCAGAUAGGCUCAUGGUAAUCUGGACCAUCUUUGGCUCCGUCGUAAUAUUAUUCCGACUGUAAAAGGUAGAGUAUACACUUCAUUGGUCAAAACAAUUCUGCUCUGGGAUUGCGAAACCUUACCUCCCCAAGUUGGAAGUGUGCGACAACUUUCUGUUCGAUCAUCAUUGUCUUCGAAAGAUUGCUGACAUCCGGUGGCAGCGCCAUGUUAGUAAUGCUGAGGUUCAUCAAUGUGUGUUUGGCCACAGUGACAACAAUUCAAUUAGUAUCAUCAUCUUAAAACAUUGACUUCGGUGGAUCAGACGACUGUCAUCCCAGCGACGUCCAUAUCGUGCAUUGAUUAUCCGAUUAUCAAUGCUGCGACUAGGUGAAGAGGUGGUCAUUUUAUAGCAUAAUGCUGUUGUACGAAGUAAAACUGUGUAAGACUAGUGUCUGCUGGUCCAUUAAGGCUUCCUGUCAGAUACAACUCACUGGCUUGACAUAUCAGACAUGGCUCAAAAUAGAAGCUCGUGGAGGGCCUGGUGUAAUUUUCCUUUAUGUUCAUGUAAUAACUAAAGGGACUCUCACUAUUUACUAUUUUUGUUCGUUUGUUUUCAUUCUUUUAUUUAUUUUUGAUUAUACUCCCCAUAUUUUUUCUAUCCAUUCACAAUCUCAUUUCCUUAUUUCCAUGGUGUAUACUUAUUUUGGUACUUUACCCAGUUAUACCAUUGUUUAUGUUUAUUGAAUCAAUAAGUAAAUCAUAGCAAUCAAUGUAUUGAAAGGAUAUUUUUUGUUGGGGAACCUGAAAAUGAAUUAAUGUCGAUGAUGUUGUCUCACUCGGAACCAAAACCAUUGCUAACUUUCGAUUAUAGUAUCACUCAAGUUUUAACGGUAGAUAAAAAAAUGAAUGCAACUCCCAAGUCACAAUCUAUUUCUCCUCUUUUUACCUAGCAUCUGUAACUAUUAGUUACGUGCAUGGCAUCGCUCUCCAUUAUGUAGUAUGCAUCUAAGAGUACUACUCAGACCACUGCUCGACAACUUCAUGAACUGUUGCCCUUUUCUUGGUCUAACCACUCGUAUAUUUUUUUCUAACCUUCUCCUAAAUCAGCUUUGUACAUCAGAGUAGACGUUAGUCAGGCACAAGUAACAUAUAUCCUAACCAUUUCAAUUGAAGCUUUAUUGCCGGUUAGUCGACUUACUCUUUUCACCUAGUACCCUACAUCUAUGCUUAGCGUCACUCGGUUCACCAUCUGCAAACAAUGCUUUAAAAACGCCAAUGACAAUGUAACGUCCGACCUUUGGUAGGUUUGCGUCUAGCCAGAAGGUACCUCAUGUAGUGGGUAGGUGUUAGGAGCAGUAAGUGCGAUUAUCCGGAAGGCCCCCAAAUGCCCUGGUAUGGUCGAAAUUGGGAAAGAGUCAGUUCUCUCUCUCCAAAUGCUCUCACAUGGCCACGUGCAUACAACCACUGCCAGGGAAGUCCUACUCACUGCCUUCUCGCGGCGGGGGUGUUGUUUACGAAAUUGAGAGGGCGAAAAGUGAAUGCCCGGCGCUUUAACCGGGUUGGUGGGAGUUGGGAAAACCUGAUUCCAAACCAAUGGUGCAUAUGGGCUCCAGGAUCCUAAGGGGUCAAAUGGUGUGCGAACCUAUUGUUCAUCACCGGCUUCUAUGGGACUACAUCUCCUUACGUUGCUCCACUGUCUUGUGGAUUAGACCUUUAGGCCAAAGGCUCGGGUUGUACCCCCUAGUAAAACCAUCUGCUUCGUUUUGGGCGCCCGGGCAGUAUCCCAGCCCUCACACAAGUCGAAUGGUUUGUGUGGCGUAUAUCUAUUCGGUGCCUUGUACCAAUGUUUAUAUGUUUAAAUAAAUAAAUAAAUAAAAUCAUUCGGAAGAGGGAAAAACUGAACCGGUGACUCAGUAGGCACAUAGAAUCCACUUAUAUUUAGAAAUGAAAACGAUUAACAACAAUCAGAAAUAAUACGGUGAUGAGAUCAAGACAAUCUAAUAAUCGGAACAAGUCGAUAAUGUAGGGUUUCAAACGUACUACAAUAAUAUACUUGAAUCCCACACACAUCUGUCUUCAUAACCCGUUUUUCUCGUCAAUAUUGUAAUAUAGAGCGGACUGCUACUCAAGAUACUUCUUCUCUUAGUUGACAAACGGACAACUUGCCUGUUCUACAAGCGAUGAAGAUUAAUAAAAUUCGAGUGAUCAGAGGCCAAUGAGAUUCUCAGGGUUAGCCUCAUUAUUUAAUCAUCUACUUCGGGUUUUUAUAAAUACUUUUAGGAGUACUUUCUUGAUUCUACCUUAACACUUUUUUGUCUACUCAUAUUAAGAUUUACAGAACGGGAUUAUUUCCACAAUUAAUGUUCCAACUUCAUUCACAUUUGACACUGGUAAUAGUCUGGAUAAUGGGAAUUCAAAGCAAUCAUAUUUGGACUUGGCAUCUUUAUCUCAAGCUCAGAAUAUAACUACUAAUCAAAUAACCAAUUCUCUACCAUACUCUGUUAUUCCCGAUGUUCAACUACUUCCUGUUGCUUUGCUACCUCCAGUUCCAACACAACCAGUAACUAAUAUCAACCAUCUUCCAUUGCAACCUGUUCCUCAGCUAACUAUUGCAGAAGCGGCUGAAGGAGUUUGUUUACAAUGGUCUAUUACAUAUCCGAUUGGAUCAUUUGAACCAGCUAUUUCUUAUGAAAUUUAUAGUUAUGCUUCAUCUGAAGUCAAUUUAGUCACUGUUCAAACAUCAUUACCAUGGAAAAAGGUGUGUAUAGUAGUAAUCAUAAUCAUAAUAAUAAUAAUGAUAAAAUGAAGAGAUCAAAGUAUAUACACAUGUAUUGUUACCUUUCCUAGUUGUAUAUUUUACACAAUCUUGUACUGUUCUCAUCUUUAUAACUAACUAAUUUUCAUGUAUACUCUUUCUUUGAAUUCAUUCAUCAUAUAUUCACUGUAAACUUCCGUACUGUUUUAUAUAUACAGUUUUCUUGAUCAGUUAUUUGCCUAGUUUAUAUUCCAUUUGUUUUAUUAUAAUAUUGUAAAUAAAUAAUCAUUUAUAACC